AUGCGCUUUGGGCACCCUUGGCCGCCCGCCCUCUGCGCGCAGGCCCAGCGACGCCGGUUUGUGAGGCGCGCAAGCGCAUCUGUGUUUGGCAUCGUUGCUUGGUUACAUUAUGCUGAGCUCAAAGAUUCCAGACCUCGGAAUUUCGCUACUUGUUGGGCUCUAGAGGCGGUGAAAAGCCGAGGGGAAGGGGAAGUGUUUGUGAAGCCUCCAGGCUUUGCGGUGAAGAAGUUUUUUAGCUUCGGGAGUAAGAAGGGCGGGUCGUCCUUUCGCGUUACCAGCUCGCUGAGGGACGGCCCGGGCAUCCUGCGUGAGAGGAGAAUUGGAACCAGCAGCUUCGGGUGGGGGUACAACAUCCGAGACAAAGAUCUCAGAAAGAUCCACAAAGUUGCCAGCAUGGGCAACGUAAGGAAACUGCAGGAGAUUCUACUUUCCGGGAAACGCGGCGUGGACGAAAGAGACCAGAUGAACAGGACUGCUCUUCAUUUGGCCUGUGCCAAUGGCCAUCCAGAUGUCGUUGCUGUCCUAGUGGAGAGGAAAUGCCAGCUUGACCUCUUUGAUACAGAUUAUAGGACUGCUCUGAUGAAGGCUGUACAAUGUCAGGAUGAGAGAUGUGUGACUAUUCUUCUAGAACACGGUGCUGAUCCAAAUCUUACGGACAUUGCUGGCAAUACUGCUCUCCACUAUGCCGCCCUUGGUUCGAAUACAUCAAUAGCAGAGAAGCUGCUUCUACACCAUGCAAAUAUUGAAGUGAGAAACAAGGAUGAACUCACACCAUUUUUACUUGCUGUAAGUGAGAACAAACAGCAAAUGGUGGAAUUUUUAAUAGAAAAAGAAGCAAAUGUACAUGCAGUUGGUAAGUUGCAAAGCAGUCGCCAACUAAUUGCCGAAUAUAGAGAAGAAAAACUUAACAAUGAUUUGCAAAGUAAGAAUGCAGAUAUUAUUUAUUUAUUUGAGAGAGAGAGAGAGAACUCGAGGAGGGGGAGGGGCAGAGGGAGAGGGAGAUGCAGAUUAAUACUCAUUCCAGUGUGGUUUCCAGGUGUGAUCUUGAAGGAAUACUUUUUAACAAAUCAUCAGUCUUAUACUUUUAAUAUUCUGUAUUUUUCUAUUGUUGAUUUAAAAUGUAUUUUGCUUUUUUCUUUAGUGGCAGAUAAGAGUGCUGAAGAAGAGUCUUUAAGCAGUAUUUCUGUUAAACCUGGUACUGAUGAUUCAUGGCCUACAUCAGAUGAUGAAGACUUUAAUUUUGAUAUCAAGACUGUCCCAAAACCAAACUUGAGAGCGCUAAUGAAUGCUUCUGAGCAAUUCAAGAAUGUGGGAACAAAAUGUGGCCUUAUAACACUAGGAGGUAGAACUUUAUCUGAGCACGAUAAUUCUGAUUAUGAAGAUGAAAAUAUAGUUGGACUUCUUUACAAACCACCAUUCAAAGCCAAUGACUUUUCUUGUCCUGCUUUUUCAAAACCUGUCAAAUCGUUAGCAGGCCAUGGUGUUAUAAAGGAAGGAGAGGUGCAGCCGGCAACUGGAAAAAAAGACAAUGGUAUUAAUAUUACUGAAAGUGCUCCACAAGAGCAAACAGUUAGUGACCAUCUGACUUCUGCUGAUAGAGCAUACAAAAGUAAUAGUAGUGUUACGAUGUCAGCAUUGGGAUUAGGAGAAGAGGAAGAUGGAGAAUCACCUUGGGAUUCUGAGAGUAUUUCUGAGAAUCCUCCAAAGAAAGACAUUAAACAUUUAUUUAGAGCUGCGGAUCAGAAAGGACCACGUAUAUUAAAUGAACAAGUAGAAGAUUCUCCGAAAAGAUAUCCUUACGUGAAGCCUCCCGUUGAAGUGAAAGAUUCUGUUCCUAAUAAAACAGUAGAAGUGAAGGAAAAACAAGCAUCCAACUCAGAUUGGCCAGCAGAACUAGACUUAGAAAGGACAUCAGAGGAAGAGCAAAAAAGACUUGAUGAAAGUUAAAAUAACCACCUAAAGAUUAAUGAAGAAAAGAAGAGACACCAAAGUAAUGAGACGGCAGUAUUAGAAAACACAUAUGCUGUCGCUGCUGCUGCUGCUGGACUCAUUCAACAAAGAGAGAGUGGAAAAACUGAAAACCACCUCUUUCCUGUUGGGAAAAAGGAAGAUUCUGAUGGUAGUGAUCCUGGUUUGCAUAUGAAGGGAGUAAGGAAAGAUGAAAAUGAAAAAUGGACAUCAGAAGUAUCUGUGAUUACACCAGGGCUUGAGAAGGCGGAUUCCCUACCUUCUUGUCCAGUACAAGUGAAUGAUGACAGCACUUCAAGUGAAAUGGAUCGGGAUGAAGUAAGACCUGCAAAGAAAACAUCUCAUGAAAAGAAAGAGGUCAAAAAGCAAAUUAAUUUUAUGGAUGACCUUGACUUAACGGAGUCAUCUGGAACAGCUUCAGAGGAUUCCAAGUUGCCUUGCUCUAAGUAUAUGAGUUGCAAGUCGCUAUUUGUACAAGUUGGCCAGGAUCGUAAAGAUUCUACUACUUUACUAAAAAUCUAGGAUGCGAUUCUUUCAUAUCAAAAAUUAGAACUUAAAAAUCAGUGUAAACAACUUAAAAGAAAAAAUAAAGAAAUGCAAAAUAAAGUUAAUGGACUACAAAAGGAGCUAUCAGAAACAAAAGAAUUGAAAUUGCAGUUGGAGCAUCAAAAAGUGAAAUGGGAACAAGAACUCGGCAGUUUGAGAUUUACCUUCACACAAGAAGAAGAAAAAAGAAGAAAUGCUGAUAAAUUAUAUGAAAAAAUGAGGGAGCAAUUCAGAGAAAAAGAAGAGCCGUAUAAUAAAGAAGUUGAAAUGAAACAACAACUUGAACUUCGUCUUGCAACAGUAGGUGCGGAAUUGAGGACUGUGAGAAAUAAUUUGGAUCAGGUUGUAGAAGAGCGAAAUGACGCUAAGUUACAACUUUCUCGAGAACAGAAUGCCAGAGUACAAGAUGGAAUUCUAAAGAAUCACCUUUGCAAACAAAAGGAGAUAGAAGUGGGUAAUAACAGAAUGAAUUCUGGGAUGUCUAAUAGUCAUAAAGAAGAAAAAGAUCUGUUGCCUAAAACCCACAUGUGGCAGGAUGAAAUUACCAUGCUAAGACUAGAAAUAGACACAAUAAACAAUAAGAACCAGGGAAUGGAAAGUAAAUAUUGUGAAGACAUUGAAAUUAUAAAAGAAAAGAAUGUCAGUCUUCUAAAGACCAUAAAACUGAAUGAGGAAACAUUAACAAAAACAAUAUUAGAAUAUAGUGGACAGAUUAAUGCCCUGACCACUGAGAAUACAAUGCUAAAGUCUAAACUGGAGAAUGAAAAGCAAAACAAAGAAAGACUGGACACACAAGUUGGAUCAUAUCGAGCUAGACUAGCUACUGCUCUAGAGGAUUAUGAUCAAAGUCAGGCAUCAAAAAGAGACCUAGAACUUGCUUUCCAGAGAACAAAAGAUGAAUGGUUUCGUCUGCAGGACAAACUGAAUUUUGAUGUGUCUAACCUAAAAGAAAACAAUGAGCUUCUUUCUCAAAACCUUUCUAAAGCUGAAAGUAAAUUCAAUAGUUUAGAAAUUGAGCUCCAUCACACAAGAGAUGCUCUCAGGGAAAAGACUUUGGUUCUAGAAUGUGUACAGAGAGACCUAAGUCAAACACAGUGUCAGAAAAAGGAAAUGGAACACAUGUAUCAAAAUGAACAAGAUCAAGUGAAUAAAUACAUUGGAAAGCAGGAAUCCUUAGUGGAGAGAUUAUCUCAACUACAAAGUGAAAAUAUGCUGCUUCAUCAGCAACUAGAUGAUGCUCACAACAAAGCUGCCAGUAAAGAAAAUGUACUAAUUAAUAUCCAAGACCAGUUUCAGGGUAUCAUAGAAAAACUUCAAGCUGAAAGUGAAAAACACAGUCUUUUGCUGGAAGCAAGCAAUAGAGAGCUAAUCAAUUAAUGUAAUCUUUUAAAAGGAAGAAUGUAUCAGUAUGAAAAGGAGAAAGUAGAAAGAGAAGUAGCUGUGAGACACCUUCAACUAGAACUGGCUGAUGCCCUAAAAAAACAGUCUAUGUCAGAGGCUUCGCUGGAGGUUACAUCACAUUGCCGUAUUAAUUUAGAAGAUGAGACACAGGAUUUGAGGAAGAAAUUAGGUCAAAUCAGAAGUCAGUUGCAAGAAGCACAAGAUCGACAUGCAGAGGCUGUAAGAUGUAUUGAGACGUCGAAAGAUCACGUGCAAAAGUUUGAAGUUGAAAAUGCCAAGUUAAAAGUUACAGUCAAAAAACAAGCGUGCAAAAUUGAACAACCUCAGGAAAACCUGUUAAGUACAAGUUUGUCUGAUGAAGAAAAGGAAAAAAAAAAGAAAUGUAUUGAGUUGAAACAAUCUCUGGAAUGUAGUUUGGAUCAAGAAAUGAAGAAAAAUGGUGAAUUAGAAAAAGAGAUGACUAGAUUUAAGAAACUCUUAAACGUGACAAGGAGAAAGUUAAGUGAAUAUGAAGGUAGAGAGCUUACUUUCCCUGGAAAUUCAAAAACCAAUCAAAUUGAAAUGGAUAGUCAGAUUAAUAUGCUAAAACAGAAGGUUGAUGAUCUUACAGCAAAACUGGAAACUGCGUCUUCAAAAUGUCUAUACCUGGAUGCAAACAACCAGCUUCUUACCCAGGAGUUAACAUCUAUGAAGGAAAUGCAGAAGAAAUAUGAAAAACUAGAGAAGAAUAAAAAGAAGUUGGAACAAGUAGUAAACCUCAGAAGUCAUGUAGAAUUCAGUAUGGUAGAAUACAGUAAAAUAGAACACUAUAAACGGGAGCUUGAAGAAAGAACAAGAUUGGACAUAACAGAAAAAUUAAAAGAAGCCAAUCUGUUUUUCCAGACACAAGUAGCAUCUCAAGAAAGCUUAGGACAGUUAAGAGAAGCUAAUAAUGCUUCAAUAAGAAAUCAAAUGGAACUCAGAAUUAAAGAACUAGAAUUUGAACUAUCCAGAAUGAAGUGUUCUCAAGAAGAUUUUAAUAAAACAGAAUUGGAAAAAUACAAGCAACUCUACCUAGAAGAAUUAAAAGUUCGAAUGUCAUUGACAAAUGAACUGAACAAGACUAAUGAGAAGCUGGCAGAGACCAGUACCAAACUUCUGGUGGAGACACAGCAAAAAAAGUCUUUGAUUAAUACUAUUGCUAUGAGCCCUGUCCUAGAAUUGCCUUCUGUUAGAAAUAUGAAUAAUAGUUCACUGUUCAAUAGAUAUGUUGCUCCGAGAGAAAACCUAGUGAUUCCUACCUCAAGCUCACGGCCUACAAAGAAUGGCGUUGAGACUUUCUUGACCAAGGUUGAUGAUCUUACAGCAAAACUGGAAACUGCGUCUUCAAAAUGUCUAUACCUGGAUGCAAACAACCAGCUUCUUACCCAGGAGUUAACAUCUAUGAAGGAAAUGCAGAAGAAAUAUGAAAAACUAGAGAAGAAUAAAAAGAAGUUGGAACAAGUAGUAAACCUCAGAAGUCAUGUAGAAUUCAGUAUGGUAGAAUACAGUAAAAUAGAACACUAUAAACGGGAGCUUGAAGAAAGAACAAGAUUGGACAUAACAGAAAAAUUAAAAGAAGCCAAUCUGUUUUUCCAGACACAAGUAGCAUCUCAAGAAAGCUUAGGACAGUUAAGAGAAGCUAAUAAUGCUUCAAUAAGAAAUCAAAUGGAACUCAGAAUUAAAGAACUAGAAUUUGAACUAUCCAGAAUGAAAUGUUCUCAAGAAGAUUUUAAUAAAACAGAAUUGGAAAAAUACAAGCAACUCUACCUAGAAGAAUUAAAAGUUCGAAUGUCAUUGACAAAUGAACUGAACAAGACUAAUGAGAAGCUGGCAGAGACCAGUACCAAACUUCUGGUGGAGACACAGCAAAAAAAGUCUUUGAUUAAUACUAUUGCUAUGAGCCCUGUCCUAGAAUUGCCUUCUGUUAGAAAUAUGAAUAAUAGUUCACUGUUCAAUAGAUAUGUUGCUCCGAGAGAAAACCUAGUGAUUCCUACCUCAAGCUCACGGCCUACAAAGAAUGGCGUUGAGACUUUCUUGACCAAGAUGGACAUAUCUCAGCAGGAGAUGGAAAGGAAUAUAACUAGAGAACUAGAAGCUGCUGCUGAAUUUGAAUCAGACUCAUGGUGUAUGACCUCCUCUUUAGAAUCUACUUAUGAAUCACAUGUAAAUGACGAUCUACUAGUGAAAUCUUCAAAAGAAUAUUUACAGAUUUUGAAGAAAAAUUAUAUGUUCUGAAAGACAAACAUUAAAAAUUUAUUUACUGGAUGUUUGUAUAACAUCUUAAUUGUGUCCUACUAAACAUAUCGUGUGAAAAUCUUGAAUAAAGGAAAAUAG